UGGGUGGGCCGCAGCCUCCUGGACGUCUUCAGCACCGAGUUCCGCGCCCAGCCCCUCGCCUACUACCGCGCCGCUGCCCGCGCCGGCCGCCUCCGCCUCAACGAGGAGCCCGUCCGCGACCUGGACGUCGUGCUCAAGAAUAAUGAUUUUCUCAGGAAUACGGUGCAUCGCCAUGAGCCGCCGGUCACUGCCCAGCCUAUCCAGAUCUUGGUGGAGGACGAUGAGGUUGUGGUUGUGGACAAACCCUCUUCUUUGCCAGUACACCCCUGCGGCAGGUUUCGUCACAACACGGUCAUCUUCAUCCUAGGCAAAGAACAUGAUCUGAAGGAGUUGCAUACCAUUCACCGACUCGAUCGCAUGACCUCGGGAGUGCUUAUGUUUGCCAAGACCGUGGCGGUAUCCAAGAGGAUUGAUGAGCAGGUUCGGGAGAGACAGCUGGAAAAGGAGUAUGUCUGUCGUGUGGUGGGGGAGUUUCCAGAACACGAAGUGGUCUGUGAAGAGCCCAUACUGGUUGUUUCUUACAAAGUGGGAGUGUGCCGCGUGGACCCCAAAGGAAAAUUCUGCAAGACCAUCUUCCAGAGACUCAGUUACAACGGCAAGACCAGUGUAGUCAAAUGUCUCCCGCGUACUGGCCGCACACACCAGAUCCGGGUCCACUUGCAGUAUUUGGGGCAUCCUAUUGUCAACGAUCCCAUCUAUAAUAUGGAAGCCUGGGGCCCCGACAGGGGGAAAGGAGGCAAGAUCGAUAAAACGGAUGAAGAACUCCUUAAGGCGCUAGUAGAGGAGCAUCGUUCCAAACAAAGCCUGGAUAUCUUGGGUAUUUUGGAGGAGGACUUGAGCUCCAGUGCUGAAAAUAAAGUCUGUGGUAAUUCAAGUGACUGCAAAAAGUCUGUGCAGGCUGAUCCAGUAAAUGAGAACUCCUGCCCUGCUGAGGACGCUAAGGAUCCCGAGAAGGACAUUAAGGAUCUCAAGAGAAGUGACAUAGCAGCUUGUCCACUAAACUCUGAUACCAACCUGGAAACACUGGAAAAAAAUAAAGAACUCGGUUCAUGUGAGAAUCAGGACAGGCAAACGGGAGAAAAGAGUUCAGAAGAGAAGGACCCUUUAUGCGUGGAGUGUAAAAUGACAAGGCGGGACCCAUCUCCCAAGGAGCUGGUGAUGUACCUACAUGCCUUGCGCUAUAAGGGAGCACAGUUUGAGUAUUGCUCCAAGAUGCCCGAGUGGGCAAUGGAAGACUGGGAGGAAUGA